AUUGACCCAAUGGCCAUCACCAACGUCGCUCUCAUCGGCGGCACUGGCACCCUCGGCGCCCCCCUGCUGCGCGCCCUGCAAGCCUCGCAAUUCACCGUCUUUGCACUCAACCGCCACAGCUCGCCCUCGGUCUACCCCAAAACAAACGUCAUCACCAUCCCCGACGACCUCAAUGUCGACGGCGUGGCCGCAGCCCUGCGCGAGAAACACAUUGACGCGCUCAUCAUGACCAUUGCAGGCCGCCACGUCGACUCGCAAAAGAAGCUCAUUGACGCCGCCUUCCAAGCCGGCGUCCAGCGCGUCAUGCCCGCCGAAUUCGGGAGCUGCGACUCGGCAGACGCAAAAACAAACAAAAUCCUGCCGCUGAUGCAGGGCAAAAAAGUCGUCCGCGACUACCUGCUCUCGCUGCAGGACAAGCGGGCCAGCGAGGCCAUGCCCGCAUUCACAUGGACGAGUCUUGUCACGGGCCACUUUUUCGACUGGGGCCUUGUGCGCAGCUUGCUCAAGUUCGACGUCAAAGCCCGGAAGGCGUAUUUGCUGGAUGGUGGCGCCAUCAAGUUUUCAGCAUCAAAUCUCGACUUUAUCGCAAGCGCUGUCGUCCGGAUCCUCGAGAUGCCCGAGAAAACGGCGAAUCGCCUGCUGUAUGUACAUAGCCUGCAUGUGACGCAGAACCAGGUGCUCGAGGCGCUGGAAAAGGUUACGGGGGAGAGGUUUGAGAGGAUUCAGCAGAGCAGCGAGGAGGAGCUGGAGAGGGAGCGGCCCAAGAUGAUGGCGGGGGAUAUGGAGGCGAGAGAGGAGGUUGUGGCUGUCUGGGGGGUUGUGGCGGCAGAUUGGAAGGGGAAAGAUGGGUUUGCGAAUGAGAUGCUGGGGUUGGAAGAGGAGAAUCUGGAGGAUGCUGUGCGGAGGGCUUUGGACGUCAUCACGUAG